AUGGAGCGAUUUUUUAGGAUCAAUAUUGGUUGUCAGAAACCAUUGUCCGAAUCAAAACAGCGUUUUCCAGUUGUAAUAUUUUCACAUGGUCUUUCCGCUUGUCGUUAUUUUUAUACAAUAUUUUGUUCAUCAUUGGCUAGUCAUGGUUAUAUCAUCGCUGCUAUUGAACAUCGCGAUCGGUCAGCAUGCUGGACCUACAAAUUAUAUACAAAUGGCACUAGCUCUAAUUUAGUUGAAAAACCGAUACUUUUGAGAAAGCUAGCUCCAAAUGAAGAUGAAUUCAAGAUUCGCAAUCAACAACUUCAUAUGAGAACUGCAGAAUGUAUCAAAUUAUUUCAUGUGUUAGAGGAAUUAAAUUUGGGUCACUGUGCACCAGUUGGAAGUCAGCAAAUGGGAUCUAAAAUUAUUCUAAGUCUUCAAUUUGACUGGUCCCAGUUUAAGGAUAGGUUGGAUAUGAAUCGGACUGCAAUAAUAGGUCACUCAUUUGGUGGAGCAACUGCUAUCGCUACUUCUGCAGUUUCAGCUGAUUUUGCGGCAACUGUGGUAUUGGAUGGCUGGAUGAUGCCUAUCGAGAAAGAGCUCUAUCCGCGUUCCCUUCAGCCAACUCUAUUCUUGAAUGCUGAGCAAUUUCAGUGGGCUUCCAAUGUCGAUCUCAUGUAUAAAUUGGGCAAUAAUAGCGCAAGAAAUAUUAUUUUAACGUUAAAGGAAACGGCACAUCAAGCCUUCACAGAUUUUCCGUUCCUCUUACCCAAUUUUUUGACUCGCAGGUUUGGUUUUACGGGAAAAAUCGAUCCAAUAAUUUGCAUGGAAGCUGUCGUAAGCUUAACUUUGCAAUUUUUAAAACAAAAUUUUGAUGGAGAAGAAAAUGGCUUGGACUCAAUUAUCAGCAGGUACAGUAAUUUCAUUGUGGAAGGGACAACCCUUGAACUCAAUAUGCCUCUAACCUAA